AUGCUGCGAUCAAGCGUUUGCUUAGUGAGGAAAAUGUUCUUGCCAUUCUAUUCCAAGGAGCGCGGUCCACCCAAAAUCCGUCAGCAAGUGGUGGGAACGAGGGGGCGAAGGUUCUUCAAACUGGUGGCAUGCAACCAGCGCGAUCCGCAAAAUGGCAAGCACAUGGAGGUAUUGGGCAGCUAUGCCCCCAAGGUAAAAUCCAACAUUAAGGAGAUCCGCCUGCGCUUCUCCAGAGUGAAGUUCUGGCUUGGUGUGGGUGCGCAGUUCAAUCCAGGAACGAGGCAGCUCCUGGCUCUAGCUGGGCUGAUUCCGACUCCUCCUCCACUUUUCGGACAUCGGACCAAAGGCCACUACAAAGAGCUGCAGAAGGUUUUGGACCUGAGACAGGAAGCGCAUGAGGCCGCGGUGCAGGAAUACCACAAGCAUUCUGGUGUCAAGGGUAUCCACGUCCGUUGA